CAUUGACCCGGUAGUCGCUGCUGGGCACCAACAGAGGGAGGACGUGUCACGUCGACCGUCUUUAUACCAAGAAAGAUCAGCGCGCACCAGACGACCACUGACGUUAAAUAUGGAUAUAAAGCUAGUGGUGUUGGCGUCGCUGGUGCUGCUGGAGCCACUGGUGACCAGCGCUCAGAUCAUCACCACCAGGCGGCGCUUCCCUGGCCAGCGACGUCUCGGCGCUGCCAACUACGGCACUCACAGCUACGGCAAAAAUGGCUUUAGUUCUCACCCUGUUUCAAGACCGACUGGAAGAUUCGUCCCACAGGCCUCUUCAGUCAAGAAAUCCAGAUACCAUGGACCACGCAGAAGAUACUACCCCUACACUCCCUAUGGAUAUCAUAAUUAUAGAAGAUACACCCGAUAUGAACCAUAUAGAAGAUACAGCUCAUACAGCCCUUAUGGUAAAGUAUUUACUCUCUAA